CGCCGACUCGUAUCUGAGCCACCACGCCCUGGCCAUUUGAUCUCCAUGUUACCGUUCUAGAAUGAAUCCGUGAUAUUUAUCGACUUACCAAUAUCACCGACCGCGAAAUCCCAGCAGGGUCCUGUCAACCUUACCCCUCUCACCUCCCCCCCACCGAGCCACCAUGCCUAGCAGAGUCCCCGCCCGUUCGACUUCUGCCUCGACGCGCAAGAACUCCGCGCAACCCUCGCGCGCAGGAUCGGUGACGCCUGCGUUCGCCAUCCCCGACGAACCCGCCUUGCCCGAGGCGGUCCCCACCCUGCGACGAGACAUAUGUUCCAUCUUCGCCGACGCGCAGCGCUCGUUCACCGGACACCGAAAGCUCGUGGUGCGACUCCGCAAGCUGCAAGAAACCUGCUGCGGCAUUUCGCAGAAGAGCUCCAAGAAGGAUGGCAAGACGGAACCGAGUCGCCAGGAGCUGCAGCUGCCGACCGAGGAGACAAUCCCGGAGAAGGAGUUCAACACCGAGGUCGGUCGGUGUGUGCUUCGCAUCUUGCCGGUCAAGAAAUCCGAGCCGGUUGGCGAUCGUAUCCUCCGCUUCCUUGGCACAUUCCUGAACCUAGCCUCCGAGAAGGAUGCAGAGCUUUUCGCCUCGAACGAGGAGGACGACCUCGACAAUGUUACCGAGACCCCGACUGCCCGCUUGACCACCACCUUGGUCACGCUCAUCACGCCUCUGUUGAUUGCGAAGGAUAAGACUGUUCGUUUUCGCGCGACCCAGAUCCUUGCUCAUAUUGUGAAUUCGCUCGAGACGAUAGAUGAUGAUCAGUAUCACGCUAUUCGCCAUGGCCUUCUGAAGCGUAUCCGCGACAAGGAGCCUGCUGUCAGAGUACAGGCGGUGAUGGGACUGGGCCGUCUUGCCGGCAAUGACGAUGAGGAUGACGACAACGACGAGAGCUCGAGAGCGAUCUUGGAGAAACUGGUUGACAUCAUGCAAAAUGAUACGAGUGCCGAUGUGCGGAAGACUCUACUCAUUAACCUACCCCUGGUUCCGGCCACCUUGAAAUAUCUCCUCGAACGAGCCCGUGACCUGGAUGCACCGACCCGACGAGCAGUGUAUGCGCGUCUACUCCCUAGCCUCGGCGACUUCCGACAUCUAUCGCUGUCUAUGAGAGAGAAACUGCUGCGGUGGGGUCUACGCGAUCGUGACGAAAGUGUCAGAAAGGCUACGGGCAAGCUGUUUUACGAUCGGUGGAUUGAGGAUUGCGCGGGUACCAACAAGGAUCCCGAAGCGGGACCCGUCGGCCAGCGUUCUCCGCCCGAUAUCUCGGCCCUCCUGGAACUCCUUGAGAGAAUCGACGUAGUCAACUCGGGAGUGGAGUCUGGAAUCGCUCAUGAAGCUAUGCGUGGCUUUUGGGAUGGUCGUCCCGACUACCGGGAGGCCGUGAUGUUCGACGAGCCCUUCUGGGAGUCGCUCACAGCAGAAUCUGCUUUCCUCAUCCGCUCUUUCAACGACUUCUGCCGCGUCGAGAACGAGGGCAAAUACGAUAAACUCGCCGAUGAGAAGAUCCCCGAAGUCACCGCCCUGGCAUUCUAUCUACACAAGUACAUGACGAGUCUUUUGCAGAAGAAGAAAUCCGUCAAAGAAGCCGGCGAUGCCAACGAGGACGACGCUGUCGAGAAUGAAUUCAUCGUCGAGCAGCUAUUGCAUAUUGCCAUGACUCUCGACUACAGCGAUGAAGUUGGCCGACGAAAGAUGUACUCUCUGCUACGGGAAUCUCUAGCUGUGCCGGACUUGCCGGAGGAGUGCACCAAACUUACGGUCGAGACGUUACGGUUCGUUUGUGGACCGAACGCCGCUGCCGAGAACGAGUUCUGCAGUGUUGUCCUGGAAGCUAUUGCCGAGGUGCACGAUACAAUUACGACGGAAGACAGCUUUGUGUCUGCCAAGUCGGAAAUCAGCGAUGCCAGCUCAUCUCGCGGCCGAUCUGAGACUCCCCAAACCGAAGAUGAGAAGCCCUUCAAUAAGGAGGAGGCAAAGGCCAAGGUCCUUCGGGAGAUUGUGGUGAACAUGAAGUGUCUCCAUAUUGCUCUCUGCAUGUUGCAGAAUGUGGAAGGCAACCUUCAAGCCAAUAUGAACUUGGUGACCAUGUUGAACAACCUGGUUGUUCCUGCCGUGCGAAGCCACGAGGCUCCAAUUCGCGAGAGAGGUUUGGAGUGCUUGGGACUCUGUUGCUUGCUGGACAAGACCCUGGCGGAAGAGAACAUGACUCUGUUUAUCCACUGUUACAGCAAAGGACACGAACUCUUGCAGGUCACCGCUAUUCACAUCCUUUGCGAUAUGCUGGCUACGCAUCCCACAUUGCUCGUCCCAGUAGCUCAGUCCGAUGGCGAGUCCGUGACACCGCCAGUCUUCCAGAAGCCGCUGCUGAAGGUCUUUGCCAGGGCGCUGAAGUCCAGCUCCCCCAACAGCGUGCAGACGGCCGCCGCCACUGCGCUGUCCAAGUUGAUGCUCACGAGUGCUUUCAACCCCGGUGGAGCUAAUGUGCCCCCAGCCAUUCAGGAAUACAAUCAGGCCUCCAUCGAGACGCUCCUCCAAUCGCUGGUCGUUUCCUUCUUCCACCCGCGCACGCGUGACAACCCUGCGCUUCGGCAGGCCCUGGCGUACUUCUUCCCAGUUUACUGCCAUUCUCGUCUGGAAAACACGCAGCAUAUGCGUCGAGUGGCUGUGCCGGUGGUCCGGGCGACGCUGAACGCUGCUGAAGAAUACUACUCACUUGAAGCGGAAGAGGACAGUGACGGCGAUAUCGACGAGACAGUCGGACAACGGGAGCUGAAAGCGCUCAUGAGCGGUGUCUUGGGCAUGCUGGCGGAAUGGACGGACGAGCGGCGGGUGGUUGGGCUGGGUGGAGAGAAGGUUCUCGCGGGUCAACCGGCCAGCUCAACGGCGUGUGGCUUCAUUCAUCUGGAGCUGGUGAAAGAUAUCCUGGAGCGGGUCUUGGGCAUCAGCACAGGCACCAAUCGCUGUUCCAAGGAGGAAAAGAAGCUGCUCUUUUCCCUCCUCAGCAAGCUGUACAUCACCGCGCCCGUAGUUCCCUCGCGGUCGGGAUCACGCAAUCCCGAAGGCGAGGACCCCCUCCGGUCCAGCGUGCGCAGUGCCCAGGCCGAAAUCACCCCCGAGAACGCUGCCCUCGCGCAGGAGGUCAAGGAGCUGCUGGACGAGACGAUCGAAGAAGGGCUGGCAGCCGAAGCGGCCAGCCGCAACGCGCUGGUCAAGGUCAAAAAUUCGGUGCUCAAGCUGUUAGCGGCUGCCAAUGGUCGACCGGCCAGCGUGCGGAUGCGCGAAGGCGAAGAAGGCGACAGCGACGUGAUGAGCGUGCGAUCGAUGAGCGUGCGGUCCGGCAGCGUGCGGCCGUCGAUUGAGCCGGGGGCGAUGAUGCGUCGCGGAUUCUCGGUCGAGCCCAGCAUCAUCGAGGAGGAGGACGAGAACGAAGACAGUCACACGACAGUCAUUAAAGCGGAGGUUCGCGACGAGUGA